AUGUCAAGCAGGAGAGAAUCUGGGACCAGUCAUCAUGACCAUAACUAUCAAUACAAGAUUGACGAGUCAACAAGACUUGGAUCUGGAAAAUAUGCCAGAGUAUUUAAAGGCAAACAUGUUAAAACUGGAAAUGUAGUGGCAAUAAAAAGGUUCUUUCCCAUCACUUUUGACAAAGUCGUAUUCGAUCGCGAACGUGAAAUUAAUGAAUUAUUACUGUAUCAUCCUAACAUUAUUAUGUACUUAUACUCUUAUUGGGAUCCGGGUACUGGACACCCUUGUUAUGUAUUUGAGCUUGCUGAAGGGGGUAGUGUACGCACGUACUUACUCACACACGAACAUUACUCCGAGGAUGAUGCAAUGGAGAUUAUAAAGGGUACACUGACUGGACUUGAGUACUUGCACUAUAAAGGAAUUAUUCACAGAGACAUCAAACCAGCAAACAUUCUCCUGAAACGAAAGAGCAGCAGGCAUCAUGACACAUUUAAGUGGGAUGCAGCACUAGCUGACUUUGGCAUUGCUUCUGAGCUCGGGUCGGGCGAGACAGUCGAGUUCCUGUAUGCCGGGACUCCGAAGUAUUUUCCUCCUGAAGCAAUUGUGACUGGCCAGGUCGGGAAAGGAGGCGACCUGUGGGCCACAGGAAUAAUGAUGCAUAUAAUAUUCACCGGAUAUGUUCCGUGGAGCCAGACUAAAGACGAAAUUGCAAUGAUGGAUGAAAUUAAGCAAAUGGAAUUUGACUUUCGCAAACCACAAUACAGACAUAUUUCACCCAAUGCUCUUCAUCUUAUGAGUAACCUUCUACCAAAAGUAGAAGUCAGGCCAAGUGCACACAGUGCAUUAGAUCAGCAGGUCUAUCAGUGGUACCUGACUGCAUCAAAAGAAAAGAUAUUAAACAACAGAGAGUUCUGCAAGUGGCAUACUCCAGAUAAAACUAUAAAGAAGAAAAAGAACGAGGGUGGCUAG